CGUCAUCUCUGGAGACAAGCUUCUAAUCCCACUAGAGGGAGAAACCCCAACGUUUUCUUCUCUAGAGAAGAGCGCAAAGACCGCCCAAACGCUGCUGCUAUGGCCUCCUGCGAGCUCAAACCAGCUAAGGGAGAUGAAACCCUCCAAGAAGAAGGAUCCGAGGAGGAAGAACAGUCGUCGGACUUCUGCGCGCCGGAUGAGUCUGAUGAAGACCCGACGUUUGACAUCCUCGACGAAACACGGUCGGCUCUUUCGAAGAUUUCGCUCAAGAAAUCCAAGUCCCGGGAUCUUAAAAAAGAGAUCGAGCUGGGAAAUGAAGAUGGGGCGGAGCCGGUGGAGGUCGAGAUUCCAGAGCUCAACGAGAAGGAUGGGAAAUGCUUUGAGAUGGUUGAAAAGCUUAUCAAAGAUGGCCAGUUGGAGAAACUAAAAGUUGAUCAGUGCAAGGUGUAUUUGAGGAAGUAUGGGCUAAGAUUAACAGGCAACAAAGAUGUUUUAUUGGAGCGCAUCAGAGAGCAUCUUGAGGUCAAAGAUGGUGGUGGGGAGAAGAAGUACCCUAUUUCUAGCUUUGUCUUGAACUGCAAAGGGGACGCAUGCACAAGUGAUGUGGUGCUGUUCGAGCAAAAUGUUUAUGAAAUGUUCAGUAUUGCUUCUAGGAGCGCCACAGGUCCUUCAAUUGGUACAAGGCUGAUUGCUGGCCGGAUAGUGAAGGAAAGUUAUGGUGCAGCCAAGCAACAACAUACAUUUACAAUUGAGGUGCUAUGGAGCAAAGGUGAAAAACCAUUGCCUCCCCUUCAUCCCCUCCUUAUCAAGGGGAGGAAUCUCUACCGGCUUAAGACAAUGAGGCAGAAAUGGGCUGAUGAAGAGCAAAGGAAGAAAAUUCUGCAAGAGAAGCAUGCGAGAGGUUCUAUUGCACGAUGUGCAAGGGAGAAUAGGAUCCAGCAAAAGGAAGUGAGGAAAAUAAACAGAAUAAUUAGGAUGGAGGAGAACAAGGGCAAGCAUAUACCAGCAGAACAGAGAAACCAGCAUCAACCAAAUCCACUUCAAACAAAUCGUCAACUAAAAAACAUUCAGCCCUUGCAGCAGUCUCAGCAUCACCCUGAUGCAUUUAAAUCAAAGUUUCUUAAACAAAUUCACUUUCAGAAUGAAAGUCAAAUCAAAUCUGACAAGAUAACAACUACUGAAAAUUACGACAACUCUUCACCUCAAAAAGAAAAUUAUGACAACUGUUAUCAAGUUACAAAACCACCUACCAUGUUUCAGGCUAGCAGCACUGAUCCAGUUGUCAAGCCUUGGAAUUUUGAGUUUCUUCCUUCUCAUGAUCCGCCACAGUUUGAUGAAAAACACAACCAGCAUCAUCAACAACCUUGCCCGUCAUACUCAAAUUCUCUUAAGAUGAGCUCACCACGACCGCCGUUGGCACUGUCAAAUUAUUUCAAUGGAAGUCUGCCACAACAGCCAUCGGUGUGCUCAAAUUAUUUCAACAGAAGUCCACCACAACAUCAUUGUCCCAUACAGCGACAACAACUCUGCCGCUUCUAUCGCCAAGGGAGGUGCUACUUUGGAGAUAACUGCAAGUAUCGGCAUGACUAAGUGAAAGAAUUCAAUUCUGAUAUCCAACAACUUUGCUGAAUUUUAGAUAUUCAUUAACUUUUGGUUGGUCACUUUUUUUUUUUGCUUCAAUAGUUUUGAAGCUGGAUGCUGUUGAUAAGUUUUUGAGUCCACCAAGAUUUCUGUUGAAAUUACAACAAUUUUGUACCUUGGUGAAAUUAUCUUGGUGGAACUAUGCUACUUCACCUACUUGUAUACCAUGAAAGGCAAAUGAUGCAGCAAUGUUAUCAUGGGCAUAUUGCUAGAUUAGAAACAACUUGA